AUAGAAGGUGAGCAGGAAGCUGUGCAUGCCAUAAAUACUGAAAUGUAUACUGUAAAUAUACACUGAUAAGCUAUAACACUAAAGCCACCUGCCUAGUAUUGUGUAGGUCCUCCUCAUGCCACCAAAAUAGCUCUAACCCAUUGAGGCAUGGACUCCACAAGGCUCUGAAGGUGUCCUGUGGUAUCUGGGACCAAGACUUCAGCAGCAGAUCUUUUAACUCCUGUAACAUGCCAGCAGGAGCCUCCAGGGAUAGGAGUCGUUUCUCCAGCACAUCCCACAGAUGCUCAAUCAAAUUGAGAUCUGGGGAAUUUGGAAGCAAAUUCAACUUUUUUUUUCCAUGUUCCUCAAACCAUUGCUGAACACUUUUUAUGGUCUGGCAGGAUACACUAUCCUGCCGAAAGAGGCCACUGCCACCAGAGAAUACUGUAAUGAAGUGCUGUACUUGGUUUGCAAUAAUGUUUAGGUAGGUGAUAUGUGUCAGAGUAACAUCCACUUGAAUGCCAGGUUACCCAGCAGAACAUUUCCCCACUUAAAUGACACACACACCCAGCUGUCCACAUGAUGUAACAGAAAACGUGACUCCUCAGAUCAGGCCACCUUCUUCCAUUGCUCCAUGGUCCAGUUCUGAUGCUCAUGUUCAACACUAACACACCCGUCAGUAGUCAGCUGUCAGUAAUGUUUCUGUGUACUGAUAAAAUGCUGCCCGAUUGAGUCUACGAUUGAGCAUCUGUGGGAUGUGCUGGAGAAACGAGUCCUGCUUGCAACUUACAGGAGUUAAAAGAUCUGCCACUAUAGUCUUGGUUCCAGAUACCACAGGACACCUUCAGAGUCUUGUGGAGUCCAUAAAAGGAACGUGUUGCCUCCGUUUAAUCGGGUGGGCAGCCUUAUGGAAUGCUUUAUCCUGGUGUGCUGAGCUAUAAAAGAGUAGGACGUGAUUCGGGUGAGAGUGUCACGUCAUCUGGAACAUUAGUGGAGAAAACAACAAAUACUGUACUUGAAACUGGCAUCACGCCACAGACACACCACAGGGAAGUUUGUCAUGAGAUCUGUUUGGAUGUGUGGAUGUAUGACUUACCAUUUAGUCUAGAUUAAACUGAUUGGACUGGAUUGUUAAUACUGUACUGUGAUCUAUGAUAUUCCAAUGACUUGAUCACUUUUAGAAUGUGAACAAUCGCCACCUUUUCUCAAAAACUGCCCCAGUUUCCUUUAACUUUACCAGUCCGUUUAUCUCUAUGCUCUGAUAAGCUGCUGAAUUGAUUGGUUUCUGAUGUUUCUGGUUGUUUGUCUAACAAUAAAUGUCAAGAAGACAAGGCAAGAAAGGUGGAGCUACAGGUUCUCACAAACAAUUAGCUUCGAUAAUGAAGGAGUAUUAAAGGGUUAGAGGGGAGACCGGCAGAAGCAGACAGUACUGGCUGAGUACUCAUUCUAGGCCUCCUUACUCACAGACACUAUAAUGGCAAAGGUAAGAAUAACCUGGAAUAUGCUUAACAUUCAGAACUGCAGUCAGCUCACUAGUAUAUGGCGGGGGGGGGGCAGCAUUUUAUCAGUACACAGAAACAUUACUGACGGCUGAUUACUGACAGGGGUGUGCUAGUGUCGAACCCCUGCCCCAGGCCUGUCAUGGGUGUCCUGGACUAGGAGAAGACCUAACCUAUAGUGACAUUGACUAACGGUGCCUGUUCAAAUUUGGAUUUCAAUGGCAAGUUUUGAUUCAAUGUGUGAUUGUGUGUGUAUAUAUACCAUACCAUCCAUUUCCGAGGCACGGAUUUUCUUGAUGCUCUUGGUUUCUUGUGACUCCCCAUGAUGUUGAAUCAGCCAUUUACCCCGGAGUGACUUUCCUGGACCUGUGUUCAUCAGGCAUCUUUUCAAAAGAUACCACGGCAGCGUCUUUCCUCAGACGUCAGCCAGAGACCUAACCACUGUGCUGCUGUAGUCGUGCUAGUUUGCCAAAAAUCCUGUAGAGUCACAUUUUGCCGCUGAUUGUGUUAUAAAGGGACAUAAAUUUUGAAGCAGCACAUAUUAACAUAGUUAUUAAGCAUGUAAAUAGGUUGCUCAUUAAUGCUCUUUUUUGUCCUUUUCUGUAUAAUCUCUCAGUACCUCCAAGCCCUUAUUCUACUUGGAGCUCUUCUGGUAGGAGCGAUAGCUGAUGAGAAUGUUUCCCUGGUGAGGAAAGGCGCUAAUGGCCAGUACCACAUCAUCGUGAUGGACAUCAAGGCCCAGGUUGCCGUGGAGUAUGUGGACGCUGGGAAGAAUUCCACUCUCAUCCUCAUAGACUACAAGACAGGAUAUAUGGCUGUCAAGUCCUUCGAGAAGCAGGCCUGCUACGCCAUCAAGAUGAGUCAGGAUUUCCCCCCUAUGAACAAGCUGAAGGAGAUGCUGGGGAACCUCAAGACUCAGGACCCCCCCAGUGCCCCCCCACAGCAAUACAUUCCCACCAAUAUCUCCGUCAAGAACCUGGCAAUGCUGGGGGACUCAGUCCAAGCUGUUUGCCACAACCUUCCUAUCUACUGGACCCAGAGACAAUCAGGCAUGAUGCUGGAUUUCUUCUUCUGCGAUGGACAACUAUUUAACUGGUGGAUCGUGCAUAUGUGCUUUGGAUCGAGCUAUUACUAACAAGAGACAUCUGAUGGGAGGAAAAUACUAACAAGGUCUUGGACUUCAUUUGAGACAGAAUCAUUAUUUUGGCUUAUAACACUAAAUGGUGAGCCAGAGAAAUAAGCAAUUACUGC